ACGACACGAGUAGGUGCUACGAGCCUAUAGGCUUUCCCCCCUUCUGUUUCUGCUUCCUCUCUUCUGUUCUGUUGCUCCAUUGCUCGCUGCUAGCUCCCAGCUCCGGCAGCGGCUUCCACUUCGUUCCCCCCUUUUCAUUUGUUAGUGCUUCGGUCCGAGCAGCCCCCCUUUUGCUUCUUGAGUGCUUCGGUCUGAUCUACCUUGGCCACUGCAACUCUGCAAGGGAGUAAGGAAUCCGAAUCCGAGCUAUUCUUAACAGGCUAGAGUAGACAGGCGAAGGAAUUCAGAGGUAUCUGAAUUCCACAUCCUGCAGGUAUAAUAACAAGAGCAUGUGAGCUGUGAGUCAUUCGUCCAUGAAUAUGCUGAUCAGCACCGACGCCACUAGUAGCAGGGUGGGAAUUGUCGAUGGUAACCGGAACCGUCAGGCCGUGCACGGUGUCCCUUACCUUAUGCCGGCGUACCAGACCGCCAGUGAUAGGCUCGUCGACGACAAUUUGAUCAGGUAUGGUGAUGACUCUCACGGUGCCGAGAGAGUCGGUGCCACUGAAUUCACCGAGAUGGAGGAGGGUGAUGCCGUCUGGAUACCGCCUGAGGCGGCCGACAGCAAGGAUGAGACUCAGUUGGGUGCAUACACAAACAGUGAUGACGAUGACAACGAUGAUGGUAUGAACUGGGGGCAGCCGAGUUCCAGUGAGUCGGAGCCCAGCCCCAUCCCCAGUCCAAGAGAGGAGCGGCAGACGGCGAUGCUCAAGGCCAUGGACAGGCAGCUCAAGAUGCUGGCCAGCCGGUUCCUAGCAUCUGCCGGCAUCUCACUGCCCCGAGAAGACGACGGCGGCGAGAGUUGGCUCGACAUCGUCACCUCCCUGUCCUGGGAAGCUGCCCUGCUUAUUAAGCCCGACGGCAAGGCCGGAAACGAGAUGGACCCGGGGUCCUACGUCAAGGUCAAGCGCGUUGCGUCCGGUACCCGCAGACAAUGCGAGGUGAUCAAUGGCUUGGUAUUCAAGAAGUAUGGGGCUCAUAAGCACAUGCCGACCAAGUGUCACAACCCCAAGCUGCUGCUGCUUAGAGGCGCCCUCGGGGAUUCCGAUGUGGGGCUCUCAUCAUUUGAUUCCAUGGAACAGGAAAAGGGCCAUUUAGAAAAGGCUAUUAGCCAAGUGAUGGAGACAUGCGCUCCAAAUGUUAUUAUGGUAGAGAAAACAGUUUCCCGUGACAUUCAGGAGCUCCUGUUGAACCAUGGUGUCACUCUAGUGCUUGAUAUGAGGCUCAACCGGUUGCAGAGGAUUUCUCUCUGCUCCGGCUCUCCCAUAGUCUCGGUUUCAGAGAUCCUAAACACGCCAAAGUUGAAGCAGUGCGACUACUUCCAUAUCGAAAAGGUCGUGGAGGAGCAUAACUGUACUGGUGAAGGCGGGAAGAGGCCAUCUAAAACAUUGAUGUUCUUGGAAGGCUUUCCCAAGCCGUUGGGGUGCACGAUAUUACUAAGAGGAGCAAAUAGCGAAGAACUGAAGAAAGUCAAGCAAGUCAUGCUCUACACGGUAUUUGCAGCGUACCACCUGGUUCUUGAGACAUCUUUCUUUGAAGAUCAGAGGGCAUUCUUGAAUGAUACAGAUACUCCAAAUUGUGUCGGUAUGAAGGAAGGUCCAUCGGUAAUUAGUCAUGCAAAUUCAGAUGCUUUAUGGUCACCGACAGAUGGCUGCUUGAAUGAGCUGACGGAGGGUACAACCAUCCAUUAUGAUUCAAAUCAUGCACCUCCCUCUGAAAAAAUUAUACGAUCAGUCUCAGGAAGAUUCAUUGAUAUAUUCCGCCAUCAGAAUAUUUAUCUACCUGUCACUUCUCAGGAGUCAGCUGAUUAUCAGAAAGAAGGAAGACUUGAACUCAAUCAAGAAGUACAAAGUGAAGGUUUUGAUGCCAGGGUAAGUACCAAUGGACCGGCUGAUUCUGGUAAGUACAUGGAAAAUUUCAAACAUUUCCAGAAACAAGUAUGUGCCAAAGCAAAUGAACAGAUGAUAGAGGUUGAUCAUCCAACUGGUGGAGAACAUGAGAAAUUAUCAGUUGCAUCGGAAAAUGGGGAGCGACACAGCACCGCUUACAGUGAAGAGAAAGCCUCACACAUCAACAAGGCUGAUGAUGUACUGGAUCCCCAGAGCAUACUGAUUUUGAUGUCCAGCCAAUGCAUUGCAAAACAGGUCGUUUGUGAGCAGAGUCAUCUGUCUCGGAUAAAUUAUUAUGGGAAUUUUGAUGUCUCCUUAGGACGAUAUUUGCAAGACAUUUUGCAGAAUCAGAACCUAAGCUGUUUCUCAUGCGGAGACCCUCCGGAGGCUCACUUGUACUCCUACACCCACCGCGAAGGAAAUCUGACCGUUCUUGUGAAGCGCUUGCUGCCUCUGCAUCGUUUGCCUGGUGAGUCCAAAGGAAAUAUUUGGAUGUGGACUAGAUGUCUAAAAUGUGAGCAUGAAAGUGGGAUAUCUAAAGCAUCUCAAAAGGUGCUAAUGUCGACUGAGGCACGUAACCUAUCGUUUGGGAAGUUCCUUGAACUUAGUUUUUCAAGCCACUCUGCCGCUAGAAGGCUAUCGAUAUGCGGGCAUUUGGUGAACAGGGACUGCCUACGCUUUUUUGGGCUGGGCUCGAAAGUUGCAAUGUUUCAAUAUUCAUCAGUCGAGAUAUACAAUGCCUGCAAGCCACAACAAACCCUCGAGUUCCAUAAUCCCUCUACACAUGAGUUGUUCAAGCAACAGGGGAGAAAUGUUCUUUCUAGAGGAGUUACCCUCUUCAGUGAAGUUGAAAGCAUGCUACAGCACACGGAGAAUCAGUUUCCUGAGGUGGCGAUUAGCUGCGGCGCAUUACUUCCUGUUAAAGAGUUCUCUCAGCUCAAAGAGAUGUUGAUUAAAGAGAAGACCGAGUUUGUGCAGGAUUAUCUGGUGAAGGCUGUUGAUCUGCAUGGUAUGUCUAGGUCUUCUGUGCAUGAGAUUCUUGAUGUAAAUUGGCUCUAUCAGGACCUUCUGCUUGAACUAUAUGUAUGGGACCGUCGGUUGCAUCGACUCCUGCUGUGUAAAUCUGCUGGAACAGAAAGAAUGAGUAAUGGCAUGAAGGUGACUGUUGAUCUUACUCAUGACCGAACGGCAACUGUCGAGACCGAUGGUACUGCUGGCUGUACCAGCAGCCAACUGCGAAGGGCAACGUUGGCAAGCCCUCAGGAUGUACACUAUGAAGAACAAGAUAGCACAGAUAUGCCAUCAUCUGGAACAUCGGAUAGCUUGGAUGUGCAGGGGCAGGGCAAUGGUCCAACUGUACAUCCUAUAUCCGUUAGGCAAGAGCCAUUUCAUAUUCCACGGUUCAGAAUGUCUGAAUGGGAAGACAGGGAGAGAUGGGUUUGGAAUCCACUUUCUGAGUUAAGAUUGGCUUACAGGCAGGAACUUCAGGCUGGAUGUUCCGAAAAGUUUGAGCUCGUUAACCGCUAUUCUCCGUCUCAUCUGACCUCCUUGCACAAACAAUCUGCUGAAGAGGUGUGCUCUCCAAGGUUCACGGUUGGUCCAGGCGGUAAUGUCUUGUCUGUAUCAGAAGAUGAGAUAUCCAGCAUAAUCUCCCGCGCUCUCGCCAUAUCCGAGGAUCGUCGUCAUUUACUGGAUUCUAUCAUUGAGAGUCAUGCAUCGGACAGUUGUAGCUUUUCAUCUGAAGGUUCUUCUCCCUCCGCAUCCUGGUCAUCUAUUGAAUCUUCAGAUUCUGAAGCAAGCUUUUCAUCCGACGACCUCUACAACUACGAUAGCUCGCUUCUAUCAUCCUCUCUCCAUCCGGAAAUAUAUGUCAAUGGGAAAGCAGCUCUCAAGGGAAAAUAUUCAGUCAUCUGUGUACAUGCUAAUCAGUUCUACACUCUUAGAAAGAAAUCUUGUCCAUCUGAGCUCGCAUAUGUCGCUUCCUUGAGCCGGUGCAAGAAAUGGGACGCUCAAGGCGGAAAAAGUAAGGCUUUAUUUGCAAAAACAAUGGAUGGCAGGUUCAUCAUCAAGCAAAUAAAGAGGACAGAGUUUGAGUCUUUCAUAGAAGUUGCCCCCGAUUACUUUAAGCAUGUUUACCACUCUCUUGAUACCGGCAGCCAAACUUGCCUUGCCAAAAUUUUAGGAAUCUAUCAGGUUAAGCAAAUAAGACAUGGCAAGGAAGUGAAGAUUGAUCUGAUGGUAAUGGAAAAUCUUCUCUUUGGACACAAUGUGUCACGGAUAUAUGAUCUCAAAGGUGCAAUUUUUUCUCGAUACAUUGCUGACUCAAGGGACAGUGACACUGUUUACUUGGAUCAAAAUUUUGUCGAGGAUAUGUCUGUUUCUCCGAUCUAUAUUGGAGGAAGAACGAAACACCUCUUGCAGCGGGCGAUCUGGAAUGAUACAUCUUUUCUUACGUCAAUUAAUGUUAUGGACUACUCUCUACUUGUGGGAGUGGACAAACAAAACCACGAGUUUGUAUUCGGCAUCAUCGAUUACCUGAGGCAAUACACAUGGGACAAGCAAUUGGAGACAUGGGUAAAAACUUCUCUGGUGGUGCCAAAGAAUGUUUCGCCAACGGUAAUUUCACCAAGAGAGUAUAAGAAAAGGUUUAGGAAGUUCAUGACCAAGUACUUCCUGACAGUUCCAGAUGAUUGGAGCACAGCGAAGAGCCAUUCUGGGACCUGUAAAUCGUGUGCCCAUGGCAACUGUAAUUUGUGGAAAAUUGACAGCCAGAAGCCUCAUCAUCAAGCUGAAGCAUGCUCUAUUCAGUGAAGAACUUCUCUCGCUCUUAUCCGGUUCAUCUUCUGGCUUAUAUUUAGUUAUUUUGCAAAGCAGUGUACAGAGAAUAAGUGUCUGACUUCACUUGUAAAGUUAUAGAGUAUUCAUCUUUUAGGCAAUUUUUUUUUUGGAGGAAAUGAGGUUCAAAAAUCAAAAUACAUGUACCCUCGCAGCUUUUGUUACUUGUCCAAUUCAUAGUCAGUAUAUUGAAAAUUUGAAAUCAUGUGAUC